CAGUGCUUACACUCCGUUAAACAAAAAAAGAUACUGCUGUAGAUUAUACGGAAACGAGUUCAAAAUAUCCGUUAUUUCUUUUGAAAAAAAUUCAGUGCUAAACAGUGAAGAACUUCAACGCCUUCUUGCUAAUGUAUGUGUGAAACUGAAUGUCGCGCUCUAUUGAAGAAACGAAUAAUGAUAAUGAAGCGAUAAUGACGAUAGGAUUUCAUAAAGAAAUGGCGCACCUAGAGUUGCAUAAUACCUCAAGGAAGGUAAUUUCACGGCAGUACGAGUUUGAUGAGGACUUGCGAGACAUAGAAAUUAACAAAUUCAUGGCAACUAAGUCGACGAAUAAGGAUGGAAAGCCGAAGUGUGCUUCCUUAAUUUCACCGUAUGUUGUUGGAUUGACUGAUUCAUGUCGCCUAGUUGCAGUGUACGAAUUACAACUCUUGGUUGAAAGGAGGAAAACUAGCGAGUCUUCUAUCAUAGACUUUCAUAAAGCAGACAUAAUUUUUAUGAAAAUAUUUGUAAAGCAAAUAAACUUGUCCACCGAAUGAUGGCGGUAGAAUAACAAGUCAUUCAACCCGUCGGUUUGAGCCCAACUUUGAUAUCGUACAGUCCUGAUGGCUCUAUCUUUCCUUAUGGUAGAAAGCAGCAAGGCAUUAUGCAGUUUUCGCUGAAUGAUUUGAUUCAACUAUAUCAAAGUUUGUUUCAACAAUUACAAGUGCUCUUUCAGGAACUUUGCUUCGGUGUAAACGUAGAAGGGCUGCCGGCUCGUUCGUUGUUAACUUUCAUUGAAGACAAUGUCAGCGGCUGCAGAUCGAUUAUUAGCAAUUCUCUGGACAGACCAAUGUCGAAACAAUUUUGUUAAAAACUGUGCUUGCGAAAGAUGAACUUCGGAACAAGUUUUAAAAUACAAUGUCAUCGAAAACACUCGAAGAGUAUAUCGAUUUGCACGGGGAGUCCAAUCUUGACAAAUUAGUAUGGUCAAGUAAUGCAAUUAACAAAUACAGACAAAAAGCAUCGUAUUUCAAUGAGCUUUUGUACUGUUUGGUGUGUAUAUCUGCGGGUCAACCGGUGCGAGCUGAAGAAAAGUCUUUAUGGUCUUUGAGAGAUUUGACAAAAAUAACCAAUAAAAUUAACUUCUUGUUUGGUCGGAUUAUGAUUUGUACCAGGCACAAUAAGGCUUGCAACAUGAAGUACGCAAAACAGCCAAUUGUCAUAUUUCUUCCAGAGUCUCUUUCCAUUCUGGCUCUGCGAUAUUAUGCAUUGGUACGACCUUUCGAAUACUUCCUUAAGUAUCUAAUGAGUGGACGUGAUGAGACAUUUUUCCCGUACCGUGAUGUGAUGUUUGUAGUAAGGGGUCAGCGUACAAGAGGCCGACUGCCUCAACAAUUAUUUUCAAGAGUAGUGUACAAGGACAUCCAAAGACCAAUGGGGUUGAGAAAUUAUUACCUGAUAUCCAAUUACUUCAGAGAGAAACUUUUAGAUCACAAAAAAGACCCGAAAAACUCUUGUGUAAAUGUAGAAAAUGGUUGUAUGCGAAGCUCGAAUUUGCAAGCUGAAAAGAAUACUGAUGAUACCUUUAAUUACUUGCCUCAUGAGUUUUUUAUCAACUCUCUUAGGGAAAGCUUAAGAUGGCAUGAAUUGUUGCAAAUUAAAAAUAACGACAGUUAUGGACCUUUGCAUGAGCCCGAAACGGAUUAACCCAUCCUUAAAGAUAUCAACGAAAAUUAACCAAAUAUUGAACCAGUAAUGAAUGGUGGUACGAUGAGGGCUUGAAAUAACAUCCAUAAGAGAAUCGUUUAUAAACAGAGAUUUUACAAGGCGUGCAAAGAUCGGUGGAGAAGGGAGUAUCUGCAAGGGUGGCGGUCGUGAGAUUUUAUUUUUUCCUAAAAGAAGUUUUCGUUGAUUUUCAACAGUAAAUCAGCUAUUCUUGACCGCAAACUCAUCUAUGUACACGGGAGAAUUGACACCUGAAGGACAAAAUCCAUUAAUCGUCAUAUUUACGGACCAUGGUGAUCAUAAAAGCUUUAUAUUUUGUAAAAUUUAGAGAGUGAUCCUAAUAUAUCAUUAUCGAUUGUGGUCGCCUUACUACAGUUGCUUUCUUGCUUGGCCCAGUGGGAAGUGGAAGUAAUCGAUUAAAAGUUUUCAAAUUAGGAUACAAAAAAUGAGAGCUUUAAGAUUUGUUUGCCUAUGUUUUGAAUUUGCUAAUGAUCUUUGCUUUGUGUUGGAUCAUACUCUUGACGCUUAUAAGGAACAAAGCGAAUUUAUGAAGGAAACUAGAAUAGUACAAGAAUUAAACUUUAACUAGGCAUGCCUUGCGACACAUGAUUAUUCUGAAGAUUGAAAGCUUUUAUGAGCUUUUUCAUAAAAAAUUUUAAGUGCUGAUUUUGAUGAAAUCAACAUCAACGAUCUUGGUAUUGACGAUACUGGACUUGAAAUAAUAGAUGAA